AUGGACAUUACAACCCCUGAGAUGCGACGCCGUCCUGAUACUUCGCUCUCGACAGAGACGCAGAUCAAAGUGGAGCCAAGCCGCUAUAGCAAUGUCGCUCAAUUGCCUGUCACAACACUGCCAGGUCGCCCUGUAUCCCCGACUCAGACCGGCCCUCAUGAAGAGGGAUCGACCAAGGAAGCCUAUUCUGCCAACAUGCAUCAGCGUCGACUUAUCAAAUACUGGAUCCUCUCCUCCAUUGCAUUCUGCAUCAUAAUGCCUUUGUUAUCCAUUCUUCUCGGCUUUUUCUUGCACACGAAAGGUCUCAGCUACACCUCUCCAGCGGGAAGCUUUGGAGGAAGGAAUCUGUCGAUCAGCGCGUAUCUUAUUUCAGCAGACCCUACAUCAUCGGUGAUAACUUUCGAUUGGGGUGUGGACACCGACACAUGCAUUCUAGAGUCAAAGACCGUUGGUGAAUGUACCGACGUGAAUAUUUUUUUUGACAACAACCUUUUGGACAAUUCUGACGACAACAACAAUGGCGUGCCUAGCACUGACGUUCCCUCCACGCCCCUGUUCCGUUUCAACGCUACUGCCUUUUCGUCGGAUUUUAGAGCCAACACUCCUACCUUCCGAACCAAUAUACGUUUAUUUCAAAAAGGCACCCCUCGCCGCUUGUCCCUAGUAAACUACCCAUUUGAUACCUACGCUGCCACCGUCUUCAUGUAUGCACAAGACAGCAACAAUAAACCAGUCAAUCUCCAUCUCGACAUUGUGGGAGGUACUGCCGUGUAA